UAUUCCCUUGUUAUAUUCUUCUUCUACAAAUUAUUAUGAUCAUCGCCUGAAAAACUCUCUCCCUCCUUUAUCUCAGAAACCAUACAGAAAAUUUCAAACUUUAUCAGUUCUUAGGGUUUCCAAUUCAAUGACUUAUUAUGAGGAUGACAGUGUGGUGCUAGAUGUAAGGAUGAGAAUGGAGGGUGAUAAAAUUGAUGAUAACAGCAAAGGGGAUUAUGUGAACUUGAGAGACGAGAAUGGGGCUGGUGAAAGGUGUAAUCAUUUUGGUUGUUGUUGGGGGCUUGGAGGGUCUGUGUUCUGGUAUUGGGUUAAGUUGGCUGUGACUUUUACGUUUUUUGGGUUAUUGGCUGCUGCUUGUGUCGAGUGGGUUGGCCCCUUUCUGAUGGAUAAGGAGAUAAUCCCUAUCAUAAAUUGGGAGACAACGACUUUUAGCACUCCAGUACUAGUGGUUCUGCUCUUUGCCUCUGUGGCAUUGUUACCAACUCUACUUCUACCAUCGUCUCCUUCUAUGUGGGUGGCUGGGAUGACAUUUGGUUACGGGUUUGGAUUUCUAUUAAUAAUAACUGCAGCGGCUGUGGGUGUGUCACUUCCAUAUUUCAUUGGCUCUUUGUUCCUUCAUAAAAUCAGAGGGUGGUUUGACAAAUAUCCAAAGAGAGCUGCUAUUUUGAGAGCAGCUGGUGAAGGAAACUGGUUUCAUCAGUUUCGAGCUGUGGCUCUGAUCAGGAUUUCUCCAUUUCCAUAUAUUCUGUAUAAUUACUGUGCUGUUGCAACAAAUGUUAAGUAUGGGCCUUACUUCUUGGGAUCAUUGGCAGGAAUGGUGCCAGAGAUUUUCGUUGCAAUGUAUACUGGGAUUGUCAUUAGGACCUUGGCAGAUGCAUCAAAUGACCGGCAUGCUCUCUCGGCUCAACAAAUUGUCUUCACGGUAUUUGGUUUCUGUGCCACGGUGGUUGCCACAAUUAUCAUCACUGUGUAUGCCAAAAGGCAGCUCAAGGUGAUGCAGGAUGAACCAUUACUGGCAUAGCUUCUGUUCUAGUUCUGAAUCAGUGAAAAACAAUCUUCCACAUACCAGCAUUGUCAGAUUGCACACUUAAGCAUGAUUUGAGUGAUGAAGUUUUAUUUUAUUAACAACUUCAUCCAUGUGUGUUAUUGCACGCUAGCAUUGAUCACCAUACAGAAACUACAGACUGUGUGGAAAAGGCAGGCAUCUAACUUCAUUGUAUAAAGCCGCUUCCUUACUCGCUUUCAUCACCCUGUAUUCUCUAUAUUUAAUCUCUUUCAAUUGUUGCUCGUAUAUGAUUGAAUUAUCUGGCUUAGAAGAGGCUGCAUUGGACAUAGGCAAAGAAGUUGAAAGUUGUGAAUGAAAGUUGAAGUGUUCUUGACUCGUGUAGUUAAUUGCAUGUUAUUCUGCAAAAGUUCAUGCUGGACUGCUGCAGAUUCCAUGCCAUACUAUAGCAGCAUUCCGGUGUUUUUGUACAUAAAAUAUGUAUCAAUAUUUUAUUUAGGUCGAAUUCAUUUGUGAGUCCA